AUGGCAUCCGCAACCCUCCGCGCCGUCCAGCUCGCCCGUUCAUCUUCCAGCGCAUUAGGCUUCCUCCACCCUCGAUGCGCCGCGCGACGCAAUACCCACUCCACAGCUGCCGGUCAAGCUUCAAUGACCGCCCCAUUCGCAUCCCAGUCGGCCGAUGUCUUCACUACAAACACACACGGCGCUACAACAACAAUCCUGACCAAUGAGACCAUCCUACCGACCACCAUCUCCUCCACAUCCACAUUCACCGUCGACGCUGACCUCGCCGACCACGAUGCGCACGAACACCACAUCAGCAGCGACAGCUACCUCGCGUUCCCACCUGCGAGCGGUCUCACGGACAGCGGCGAGCGGCUGGUGGAGAGUGUUGGCGGCGCGAGCGUGUAUGUUCGGUUGGGGCAUUAG